AUGACAUAUUGUGCUAUUUCAAGAUGUAAUAAAAAAAUUGAAUGCAAAGAUUAUAAUCUAUGUCUCGUUCAUAUUAGAGAAUUAAAUUCUACAAAUUUCCCUAGUACUAUUCAGCUUAAGUCGCCACAAAAUUUAACGACUCACCUUAUAGAAAUCCCAAGGGGAACCUCUGAAUUCUCCAGCACAGAACAAAAAUUUUUGGAUGAUUGGGUAAAGGAAAACACGCAAGGGCUAAGAGUUGAUGCAAUAUAUAAUAUUCUUUUGCCUCAAUCAAUCGUUGCAAACUACAAGACAUAUCGUGCCGGUGUUGAAUCUCGUGGUAAUUUUAAAUCGCUUGGUCUACAAGAAGGUAACGAGCGCCUGUUGUAUCAUGGAACAGAUCACGAUUGCGCAGUCAUUUAUGCAGCUGUUAUGCAAAGACUUUGCAAAUCAAACAAUUGUGCUGGCUGUGGUAUUCUCAUGAAUUCCUUCAACAUCAGCAAGGUGGGGAUUAACAAGCAAGGACGAACUUUCCAACGCCUUGGACAAGGGUUAUAUUUUACACCAUUCUCUUCAAAAGCUCACUUUUAUGGUCAUAAGGGUGCCAAACCGCAUCCUAAUGAAUCUGGUCGUACGUGUAGGAUGAUGUUCAUGACCAAAGUCGUGCUUGGCAAAGCCUGGCAGCCAAAUCGGGUUGACCAAAAUUGCCGUUCACCGCCGAGUGGUUUCGACUCUACAUGGGGACGUAAAGGUACAUGUCCACAUGGCGGAGCUGUUUUGAACUACGAAGAAUAUGCUGUUUACAG